AUGGAAUCCUUGCGCCCAUUAGUAGAGGAAUGGUUGUACCUAGAUCAGAACGCAGAAACUAGACAAGAAAUACAGAAACUUUGGUCUGAAGGGGACACUGUAGAGCUUGAGAAACGCAUGAGGAAAAGGAUUGAGUUUGGGACGGCAGGUCUACGGGGCAAGAUGCAGGCCGGCUGGUCGCGCAUGAACGACUUGAUUAUAAUUCAAGCCUCACAGGGACUUUGCGCGUAUGUUCUCGCUCACGUCGAGAAUGCUCGCAAGCGUGGUAUCGUCGUUGGGCACGAUCAUCGACACCAUUCCAAGCAUUGGGCUGAAUUGACGGCUGCCGUGUUCCUCGCGAACGACGUAAAAGCGUAUCUCUACCGUAAUCUCGUACAUACGCCUAUGGUACCCUUCGGCGUGAAGGCACUUGGGGCAGCCUGUGGUGUCAUGAUCACGGCAAGCCACAAUCCCAAGGUAUACUGGGAAAAUGGCGUGCAGAUCAUAGGCCCGCACGACGAAGGCAUCUCUGAUUCUAUCAAAGCCAACCUUACACCCAAAACUUGGGAUACAUCCUCUGUCAAUUCUUCGUCUUUGUGCAUCAACCCGACAGAAGACAUGCGAGAAGCCUACUUCGCUAACCUCUCGAAAUUGAGCCUGUACAAGUCUCUGAACGCAGAAUCAGCGGUGAAGUUCGUGAACACUUCGAUGCAUGGUGUUAGCAAUCCCUUUGUAACGCGUGGUUUCGAGCUGUUUGGUCUUCCACCAUUUGUCGCCGUCGAAGAACAAAGAAAUCCGGAUCCAGACUUCCCCACUGUACCGUUCCCAAAUCCAGAAGAGAAGGCAAUCAGCACAGCGGAACGUGAAGGCGCACAGUAUGUUCUGUCACAAGAUCCAGAUUCCGAUCGCUUCGCUGCCGCCGAGAAAGGGCCCGAUGGCAAAUGGAUCGUCUUUACGGGAGAUCAACUCGGAGCCCUUUUCGCGUCCAGAGAACUGGCCAUAUACAAGCAGUCCGGCAAACCACUGGAGAAGCUAGCUAUGGUUGCCUCCACGGUCAGCUCUAAAAUGAUCGAGGCCAUGGCCCUCGCCGAGGGCUUCAAGUUCGUUGAAUGUCUCACAGGCUUCAAGUUUAUUGGAAACACUGCGUUGACGCUUGUGGAGCAAGGUUUCGAAGUGCCAUUCGGGUACGAGGAAGCGAUUGGGUACAUGUUUGGCCCCCAAAUCCGCGACAAAGAUGGUGUCGCCGCGACGGUUUCUUUCGCGGAAUUAGUCACAUCGUUGCAACGGGAGGGCGAAACAGCCAGUUCAUACAUCUCCAAAUUAUACGAACGCUACGGUUACUUCAAGACGAGCAAUAGUUACUUCGUUUGCGACGACCCAUCCAAGAUCAACGAAAUAUUCGCCCGCAUACGCAGCUACCCAACUACUUCCUCCAGCAAUAGGGCAACAUCUCCCACCCACUCCGAUACUACUUACCCAUCGAAGAUUGCUGGACUAACGGUCGCAAGCAUAAUAGAUCUUACUAUAGGCUACGAUAGCACAAAUGCGCCGUCGUUCAAACCUCGGUUGCCACUUUCUUCAGGACAUAUGAUCCAAUUCAGAGCAGGAAACGACGAAGUCAAAAUUGUUCUUACAACUAGGACAAGUGGGACGGAGCCAAAGAUCAAAUACUACCUGGAAGGCAGUGGCCGGGACCGAGCGAAAGUGGAAGCUAUGUUGCCAAAGGUGGUUGAGGAACUUAGAAGCGACUGGAUGGAAGCCGAGAAGCAUUCCCUGGGAAGCCCGUCAGCUUGA